CUUUCCUCAUUAGGCGGUGAAUUACCUUGGGAGCUUACUGGCUUGCAUCUGGUACGCAGCUCUGUCACUUUCCAGUCAGUGCGGUCCAUCCUAUAAGUUUGUAACUCCAAGAUGCCUCCACGACCGAUGAAUGAUGAGGAGGUCUUGAGUGAGAUGAAUAAGAUGGUUGCUUUCAUUAAGCAGGAGGCCUUGGAGAAAGCGCGCGAGAUAAAGGUCAAAGCGGACGAGGAGUUUGCUAUCGAGAAGGCAAAGCUCGUGAAGCAAGAACAACAGGCUAUCGAUGCACAGUUCGAGAAGAAGCGCAAGGGUGCUGAAGUCGCACAGAAGAUUGCACAGUCUAACUUGACAAACAAAUCGCGCUUGAAGCUUCUUCAGCGCCGCGAGGAGCAGCUGCAAGAAUUGUUUUCUGUCUCCCGGACAUCGAUUCUAACGUUCGCCGAAGACGAAGGGCGGUACUCUCAGUUCCUCGAAGGCGCUGUCGUGCAAGGUUUCCUCCAGCUCAUGGAAGCGAAGGUCACGUUGCAUGUUCGUGAACAGGAUGCAGAGAUUAUGCAAAAGGCAGGAGAAGCAGCCGCAGAAUCAUACACUCAGAUCAGCGGCCGCGAGGUGUCCUUUGACUUGGAGACGACCCUGAGUAAAGACUGUGCUGGCGGUCUCAUGCUAGUGAGCAGCUCACGACGAAUUACCAUUGACAACACACUGGACGAGCGACUGAAACUUUUAGAGGACAAGAUGCUCCCCGAGAUUAGGAGAGACUUGUUCGGGCCGAACGAGAAUAGGAAGUUCUACACAUGAGCUUCUUACCCAAAUGGCCGCCACACACUAUACUCGUGUACCAGCCAACAGUUUAGCCUAGACAAGAUAGAAAUACAUGCAUCUUCUUGACUGUCAAGAAAAUCUACGAAGUUCACUUCCAGAGUGGUGCAGUCUUGCAGUGAACAGUGCGCAGAAACAGUUGGAAAUGUUGAUGCUAAUCCUACGGAGAUCAGAGGUGACGCAUACAUUCUAGAUCGAAAGAAAAGAAUAAAAAGAGAUCACACAUAGCCACAAAGACGAACCCUUUAUAUAGUACCUGUUCACCUACUACAUCUUCUUCUUCUUAUUCUUCUUACUUCUCCUUACCUCCCUUCCUCCCUUUACUGAUCCCUC